AUGGCCAGCACGCCGCUCUUGGCGCUGGUGCGCCCGUCGUGCGCGGCGGCGGCGCGCGCGUCGCAGAUCGCGAUUUCCGACGAAAAGAUUGACGCAUUCCUCAACAAUCUCGAUGCAGCGCGGUACAAUGAGCUUAAGAAGGAGCACGGGCUCGUGUUUCCGCUGCGUUUCGGCUCCUUUACCGAGGAAAUCACCUUUAUUUCGACAUUGUCGCUCCUCAACGCGCUCUCGGGCUACCGCGCCGAGUUUCACGCGGCGACAGGGCACGGAGCAUACGAUAACGUGCGGCACCUCCUGCUAGGCAUGUACCUCGCGAACGACAAGGCGCUGAGCGCGGCGUCGCUCCGGGACGUGACGCCGACGCAGCUCGCGAGCGUGCUGGGCGUGCCGACGCACACAGAGUCCGCGCACCCUACGCUACCAUUUGUGACGGUCGGCACGGUCGGCGGCCCUCUGCACGCGCCGCUCGAGCUCGUGGCGAACGCGUGCAAGGCCGCCGGCCAGUUCCUCGAGGAGGAGGGCAAGCCGGAUCUCGGCACGUACGUCCUCGACGCGUGCACGGAUGCGCUGGCGCACGACGACGCCGAGUCACGCCUCUUGGAGUCGAUUACCUGUAUUCCCGGCUUUGAGGACACGACGCUGCUCGACGGCGAGCACGUCUACCUCUUCAAAAAGGCCUUUUUCCUGAUGAAUGCGCUCCGCGAAAAGGUCACCGACGAGCUGCCGAGCGACGCGCCGCCUGUCGCCACGCUGCUCGCGCAGCGCUGGAAGAACGGAUUUCCGGAACCGCUGCCGAUGUUUGUCGACAAUGUCAUUCCGACGAUCCUGCUCCACCUCGGCAUCCUCGACGCGUCCGCCUCGUCGAUCGAGGCGCUGCGCUCGUGGGACGCGCAGCCGAGCGAUGAAAAGGCAGGGCCAAAGCUCGAAAAGGACGACGCAUACCGCAUUCGCGCUGCCGCGCUCGCUGCCGGCGCCCGCAUCGUGGAGCGCGCCGAGCGCUCGCUCGGGAUGACCGAAGUCGACCUCGACGGCUACCUCUGGUCGGUCGCCAAGGACCCUGCGCUGCGCGGCAUUCCCCGUCUUGUGGAGCAAGACACAAUCAUGUACUAA